CCCCCUCCUCCUCCUUCCUCACCUCCUCACCCUUCUCCUCCUCUUCUUAGUCUCAUAACUCUCUUUUUUCCUUCACAUUCUCGCCUUUACGCUCCAGCAUCUUCAUCCAUGAUCUGACUCAGUGGUCUCUCUCUCUCCCUCUGUCUCUCUGCAUUGGGUUGAGGGGUGAGGGGUGAUGUGGAGGGGUGAGUAUGCAAAAGCCCCCCACCCCCACCCCCCUCCUCCUCCUCACAGGCAGCAUCCAUCUCCUCGCAGCCUUCAAUCUUAAAACUCGUGUGACAGCAGCUUAACCGGAGGCUAGACUUCGUCACGCUCCCGUGCAACCCCCCUCCUCCUCCUCCUCACCCCUGACGCUACCUCCCCCCACCCCUCCUCCCCUCCCCCUGCAACGCGACUCCUCUCCACUCACUCUGUAGCUUGUGAGACUGAAGGCAGCCUCGGUGCGUGGAGGGUGAGAGAGAAAGAGGAGAGAGAGAGAGAGAGAGAGAGAGAGAGGCUUUCCCAGAAUAGAGAAGCAGGAGGAGGUGAGAGGGAUGAUGAUGGAAGCCAGCUUCGACACUGAGGAGAGUUUUGAUGAUCCCUCCUGUCUCGCCCCGCAGCCCCCCGGCUCCGUCUCCCCGGCCAAGAGGCAGAUCAAGGAGGUCAAGGAGACCAAGAUCACCAUCAACUGUGUGACUUUCCCUCUGCCUGGAGAAGGUCCGGAGCAGCAGCUCCUCAAACCCAACGAAUGGAGCUACUGCGAUUACUUCUGGACCGACAAGAAAGACCCCCAGGGGACCACCUCAGUGGCGGGCUUCGAGGUCCUCCUGCAGAAGCAGCUGAAGGGCAAACAGAUGCAGAAGGAGAUGGCAGAGUUUAUCCACGAGAGGAUAAAGAUUGAGGAGGAAUAUGCCAAGAACCUUUCCAAGCUGUCCCUGAGCCCCCUGGCAGCACAGGAGGAAGGGACUCUCGGAGAAGCCUGGACACAGCUAAAGAAGAGUCUCCAUGAUGAGGCUGAGGUUCACCUCAAGUUCUCCAACAAGCUCCACUCCGAGGUGGAGAAACCUCUGCUGACGUUCAGAGGCGACAACUUCAAGAAGGACCUGAAAAAGUACGACCAUCACAUCGCUGACCUCAGGAAGCAGCUGGCGAGUCGCUACGCAGGUGUAGAGAAGGCUCGUAAAGCCCUGGCAGACAGACAGAAGGAUCUGGAGGUGAAGACCCAGCAGCUGGAGAUCAAACUCAGCAACAAGACUGAGGAGGACAUCAAGAAGGCCCGGCGGAAAUCCACACAAGCAGGAGACGACCUGAUGCGCUGCGUGGAUCUGUACAACCAAACCCAGUCGAAGUGGUUUGAAGAAAUGGUCACUACCAGCAUGGAGCUGGAGAAACUGGAGGUCGAACGGAUCGAGUGGAUUCAGCAGCAUUUACGUCAGUACACGACUCUACGACAUGAAACAGACAUGUUCAACCAGAGUACGGUGGAGCCGGUCGACCAGCUGCUGCAGAACGUGGACCCAGCCAAAGACAGAGAGCUGUGGGUUAAAGAGUAUAAAACUGGUGAGGUUCGGCCUGUGGAUAUGGACAUAUAAACCAUUCUGACCUGGGAUCAGCCCAUUCUGUCUUCAGUAUUAUAACACAGAGUCCCAGAACGCUUCUAAUAACACUGAUCCAGGGACAGUGCAUGUUCAGACUACAGAGGUCUGCUCAUCCUCUCCUCUGACUGGAAAAACAGGAUGAAAGGUUCAUACUUAACACAGUCUGAGGCCAGGAAACAGUAACGGAUCAAAGUACCAGCAUGUUCCUUCUAAAUUUUAACCCUAUCGUAAUCAACAUUAGCUUAUUGAAUGCCAUUUAACAUACUCUGCUGUUUACCUGUUGUAAAGUUUAGACUAUUAAAAAAAAAAAAUGUAUUUUGAAUCGUUUAGUUAAGUGUCAAUCAACACUUUUCCAGUUUGAGUACACCAAACAAACAAAAAAAAAGUGAUUAUUGAUAUUUCCCUUUAUUUUAGAUACAGAUAUUGAAGCAUAUCGAGAUCUUAGAAUGAAUAUGAUAUAUUUUCAUAUUUUGCUGGUUCAUUUUGGUGGAAAUGCAUGUUUUGAAUAUCUUGCUUUUACUGUAUAUGGAGAGCUGCACAAAUUUGUGGAACCAUGAUGGUUGUUUUGGUAUAGUCAUAGAAUUUACACAAGGUAUUCUCUAUCUUGUACGUGACAGAAUCAAUUUAGGAGCUUUCUCAGAAAAAAAAAACUUCGAGUGUACAGCAUUAAUAUCCAGUAAACCUCAACUGUUUUAAGAAAACACACACACAUAUACAGUGUUUUUUGGAAUGUGAAUUUGAUUAUGCUCGCCACAAGUCCCAACGUGUGGUCGAUCGGAUUUAGGCCAGGGUCUAUUUUGGAUCAGUCCGGAGGAAAAAGGUGGUCCAAGUUACACUGAAACACCUUUUAGUGCCUAACGGUUAUAUACCUGGAAUGUCCUUGAUAUAUUCUACUCUGCAUCAGUGUACAUUUGUACAUACAGGCUAGAUGUAUUUUGCUGUCAAAUGUUUAACAGGUCGGACCUUCGGGGCCGAUGAGGUGUUUGUACUGUACAAUGUUGUUUGUUUUAUUUUUGGUAAAUGUACAGAGAAUAUCUUUACAAUGGUGUUCGAUAAAAAGGGGCAACAUGCAGCAGAAAGCCAAAUUCACCCGAUCACAGAGAAGGUAGUAAAUCUUUCCAUAUGGAUUGAUCCAGUGGCGCAAAAGCCAGCUGACUCAUCCCAGUUGCACAAAUGCCGAUAAAUCACAUUUUAUCAAAGACUGCAUGUACAGUAUGUGUCCGUGUUUACAUGUAUGUGUGUGUCUGUCUUGUCUUUGUCUUUACAUUUUGUUGUUUGGCUGCAGCUGUUCUUUUCAAUUUCUCAAAGGGACGAAGCCAAUCAAAUAAGUUUGAAUCUAAAUCCAGCUGCUGAACGCGAGAAAAAAAUUGCUGUGAAAAAAGAAAUGAAUGCUUACCUGCCUUAUCACCAACACGCUGAUAAUUUGAUUUUUAGUUAAAUGAAGAAAAGUCAAUUUUAUUUGAAUCAGACAGAUUCAGAACCUUUCUUUAAACCCAAACGGCUUCAUGCGCAGGUUUUUAAAUAGCAUAUCUGUUGUAGAGGUUUUAUCAGUGUGUGUCAAUGUUGUGCGAUAAAUGUGACAAGUUAUUAUGUUCCAACUAAAUGUUCUUGACAACAAUCGCCGAUUUCACGAUGACGUAACGGUUGAGUUAACUGCCCUUCUGUGGUGAACAUUUUCAUAACGUGCAUUAAAUCCGGUGUUCCCGAUGUUUUAAGAAUGUUUGAUCAUUGGUGACCUCUGUCCAGACGGUGUACUGUGGAAUGCAGUGUCCAAAAUAAAUCUCCUCUUUGAAAAUUAAA